GAGUGUUGUGUUGUGAUGUGUGAUCGGUGUGAUCGGAAGGAUCGACUGCGGGCAAGAUUCUACUUAGAUUCUUUAGAAGGGAAGUAAACCAAUAAGUAGACGAUAAUUACACAGCCUUGUAUAUAUUGAUGGCGAUAGCACGAGGUAAAAAGUGAAAUUAUCUGAUCAUUCUCUCUGUCUUGACAACACACCGUCACUUAGUUUUACACUCAGGCAGCAUCAGCACUCCCACAGCAGCGAUCACAACAAACACCACACUUACUUGUUGAUGAGUUGUUGUUACUCUACUUACAACACUGUCAUUGUCAACAGUGUACUCAACUACUUUGUUUUUGUAUGUGACACGAUCAUCAGUCGACCCACCACAUCCACAUGCACAAGGUCACAGUAGAUUGGACCGUCUAAACAAAAUUAGCUGCAGUUACUUUUGGUGUAGUGUCAUGCCCUUGCCAGUGAUUUGUGAAAGUUUUUACUCGUCACUGUCCUGAAAUACCCCACUCCAUAAUGAAGAGUUUGAUGUUUUUGCUACUUACCAUCUUGGUUUUAAGUUCUCUAUCGUCUGGAUUCUCUGGUGGUAGACCGUCUUUGAAAUCUCAGGCAAAUGAUGAGAAGGAAACUUGGGCGUAUGUUAAUGUACGUCAAGAUGCCUACAUGUUCUGGUGGCUCUACUACGCAAGAACAAACUGGCCCCAGGCUCCUCUAAUUAUAUGGCUACAGGGAGGCCCUGGAGGUUCUUCUACUGGAUUUGGAAACUUCAUGGAGAUCGGGCCGCAGGAUGUGAACCUCAAUCCACGGAAUUUAACAUGGAUCGAGACAGCCAGUGUGUUGUUCAUAGACAACCCAGUAGGGACAGGAUACAGUUAUGUGACAUCAGACGAUGCGUACACCACCAACAAUGAACAGAUUGCAGAGGAUUUGAUCACUACUCUGACUGCAUUCUACAAGCAUCUUCCAGCUUUCCAGAAAAAUCCGCUGUACAUAUUCUCAGAAUCUUACGGAGGCAAGAUGACUGCAGGGUUCAGCCUAGCCAUUACAAAGGCAAUAAUUGCUGGUACACUCAGCUGUAACUUCCAGGGAUUGGCAAUGGGGGAUUCUUGGAUCUCGCCAAUUGACUCUGUGAACUCCUGGGGUCCAUACCUCCACUCAAUCUCUUUGCUAGAUGGAAAAGGCUUAAGAGCCGUUCAAGCUUCAGCCAGGGCUGUUGAAGAUGCAUUUAACAAGGAGAACUAUUCUCAGGCCACUGAACUAUGGAGCGCAACUGAAGACACAGUGGAUGAGGAGACGUUUGGAGUUGAUUUCUACAAUAUUUUAAACAAUUACGGGGAGAGUCUUCUGACAGCAAAAGAACGCAUCCAGUUAUCUCCUAUUGAGAAAUUGUACAGAAGGCAUGUAUCACGCAUGCAGACGGGUGAUCUAGAUGCAUUGAUGAAUGGCCAGAUUAAGAAACAACUCGGAAUUCCAGACAAUGUCACAUGGGGAGGCCAAUCAAGUGCCGUCUUCUCACAUCUAUCUGGUGAUUUCAUGAAACCUGUUUAUAACAUUGUGGACGAGCUGUUGAACUCUUCCAAACUGAGUGUCGUCGUGUACAGUGGUCAGUUGGAUCUGAUUGUGGAUACAGUAGGUACUGAAGCUUGGGUGAAGAAGUUGCAGUGGCCAGGCCUCCCAGUUUACAACAACACCUCAUGGAAACCGGUCUUUGUCGUCCCAGACAAACCAGCAGCUUUCCGCAAACAGUACAAAAACUUCUCUUUCUACUGGAUCAUGAAAGCUGGUCACAUGGUUCCUUCAGAUGCACCGGAGACGGCUUAUAAGAUGAUGCAGCAGGUCACUGGGAUAUCUAAGACGUAGUGCAUCCUUAAGCAAGAUCGCUGAAAUCAUGUCAGAUUAAAUCAGUAAGAUCAGUAGUCCCAAGAGAACCAUCCAAAAUACCCUAUGGAUCUUGAAGUCAGCCAAAGUUAUGGACAAGUUGAUAACAUAUCAUUACAAAAAUUUUGUCUCAUGAUCACCAUUACAGUCGAUGUGUCUGUGCUUGCUUGUUGUGCAUCUUUGUUUUGAGGGUUUUGUCAUGCUAGUUCACCCCAAAUUAAUUUUUUUUUUUCCUUUUAGGCU